CUUUUUAAUAUGCUGAGGUUUCUGUGUUCACUUUGAUCAGUGUUGGCGAGAUGGCGUCGGAACCGAACAAGACAGAAAUUCUCACUAUUUUUAAACGACUGCGCUCCAUUCCCACAAACAAGGCGUGCUUUGACUGUGCUGCUAAGAAUCCGAGUUGGGCAAGUAUUUCAUAUGGCGUGUUUUUGUGCAUUGACUGUUCUGGAAUUCAUCGCUCUUUGGGAGUGCACCUAAGUUUUAUCAGAUCGACAGAGCUGGAUUCCAACUGGAGCUGGUUUCAGUUGAGAUGUAUGCAGGUUGGAGGCAAUGCCAAUGCGAUGGCUUUUUUUCGUCAACAUGGCUGUACCACCAAUGACACCAAUGCGAAGUACAACAGUCGUGCGGCUCGGAUGUACAGAGAGAAGAUUCGACAGCUUGCCAACGCUGCACUCUCCAAGUAUGGCACUGAGCUGUGGAUUGAAAGCUCUGGCUGUGCUCAGCCUUCACCUUCAGAGAAGAAAGACACUGAUUUCUUUGAUGAGCACACACAGCCUGCUAUCAGCUGGGACAUGGCAUCACCAACAUCAGCAGAUCAAAAUGGAGUCGUAACUGUAACCCCUCAACUGGAGCAGAGUAGUCCUAAGAUUUCAGAGGCUACUAGCCCCCAGCCUGAAGAAGGUCCGAGUAUUGAAGGACUGAGCACAAGUCCUAAAACCACAAUGGAGGACUCAAUGAGAUUGACGUCAGACGAGUCACAACCUCCUAAAGAAGUGAAACCCUCCAUCAUUGGAAAGAAAAAGCCAACUGCUGCAAAAAAAGGGCUUGGUGCUAAAAAGGGUCUUGGAGCCCAGAAGGUGAGCAGCAAGAACUUCACUGAGGUGGAGAAACAAGCACAGGUGGCUGAGAAACUGAGAGAGGAACAGGUUUCUGAGGCCAAGAAACAAGCCGAGGAAUCCAUAGUGGCCUCUAUGCGACUGGCCUACAAAGAGCUAGAGAUUGACAGGAAGAUUGAGGAGAAGAAACUACAGAACAUGGAGGGGAAGAAGAAGGAACAGGCGGAGAGGUUGGGCAUGGGAUUCGGCAACAGGAGUGCCGUGUCUCACUCUGUGAUGGCUGAGAUGCAGGUGAUUGAGCAGGAGACCCCGGUGGGAGUCAAAUCGUCCUCUCGCUCUAAGCUGGACAUGUUUGAUGAGCCUGGAUUCGCCUCAGGACCACCAAAGUACAAGGACAACCCUUUCACAUCAGGAGACAGUUUUGGGUCACGGUGGGACAAUGAUGGAGCAUCAUCUUUCUCCUCCUGGGCUCUGGAGAAGGAGGAGCCUAAAGAGAGUGAGGUCACCAUCUCAAGCAUCCAGCCAAUUGGUGAAAGGUUGCCCAGCCGGCGGAAGACCGAGGUGUCUGUGGCAGGCGUGGAGUCUAGUGAAGCGCAACAGAAGUUUGCCAAUGCUAAAGCGAUCUCCUCUGACAUGUUCUUCGGUCGUGAGAGCAACCCAGAGUAUGAGGCAAAGACUCGUCUUGAGGGAAUGUCUGGCAGUACCUCCAUCAGCUCUGCUGACUUGUUCGGUGAUGGAAGUGUCCGCUCCUCAGGCUCAUCAGGAUUCGACAGUGUGCUUCCCUCUGGUCCAGACAUUGCUCAGUUCAAGCAAGGUGUGAAGACUGUUGCAGGGAAGAUGGCAGUGCUAGCUAAUGGGGUUAUGAACACCAUUCAGGAUCGCUAUGGAUCUUAUUAACAGGACUGCAUUAGACUGAAAUGGAAGUCUCAUCGUACAGGACGCUCAUCACUGCUGAUUGGAUCCACUCUGUCUGUCUUACAUGAAUACACAAAUCCGAGAGAGUCAAAAGACCUGGGAGCUCCCAAUCUCCCCCCUGACCACUUUAGACACUCGCUGACAGUAUUUUAACUUGCUUUUGGAAGACUCGUGUUUUAUUUUCUGAUAACAGAAGCACUGGGAAAAAGUGUAAAGUUUGUUUUCAUAAUCACAGUACUCUGUUUUAACCAACAGGUCCUGUUUUCUAUGCCAUGUACUGGUCUCUGGUUUCAAAUAGUGAUGGAUUUGUUAAGUAUUCUUCGGAAUUAAAUGUAACCUAUAGCACUAAUACGUUCUCAUGGCUUUCUUUUUGUAUUUUAACGCUAUCAUAUGAAGACCAUCAAGCAUUCAUUGAAUGAGGAAAGGGAACCAUAUGAUAAAACACGUGUUAUAGGCUUAUUUAUACAUUUUGCACCCAUUGAUUUACAUUUUGAUGAUUUACCAUGGUUUUAUUAAGACAGUUUUGAAUGACUGGUGAUGCGUGUUGCCUUUUGCUUAAGGUGACUUGACGUACAUCCUAACGUUUAGGUUUAAUUUUCAGUGGUGUAUAAAAGUAACGGUAAUAUUGUGCAAUAUGUCCUCGCAUGUCAGGGGUCAAGGUCUCAAGGUGUUUUGUAGAUGCAACAGCUUGAGUGAUACCUGGGAGUUUUUUGCUAAAUCAAAGACCAAACCAUGUUUGUUUCCAGCGUUCACUCUCACCCUUUUAAAUGUACAGUAGUGGGCCCUGAAUUUGAGAUAAAAUCCUCGUAAAGCAGGUAGGUUUAUGGUUUAUUUAAUAAACAACUACCAAAAUUGAAAGGUGACGUGUUAUUUCAGCUCCACCGGUGGCACAAUGUGGAAUUGCAAUAUGUUUGAGUGGUCUGAAUGGGUGGGACUUAAUAUUGGCUCAACGAAUGGUGUGAGUCUGUGGCAGGUGAAACAGAAUGACAAUUUCAAAUUUGUUUGAAGACGGUCAUUAUUUUUGCAAUUAUGUUUGGUGCUGCUAGUUUUGUGCAGACAUGUUGGGGUUAUCAAAAUUACAGCUGACUAAACAUUUUAAAUUCACCCAUUUUUGUGAUUUAAUCAGUUCUCUGGCAAUGUGCAUGCAUUACAUAAAGCCUUUUUUUUUUUUUUUCCUUAUUUGGGAUUAUACCAGACUGGGAGCAGGGGAAUAGUAUUUGUUUUUAAACUCCUCACAGAAUGUCUGCCUGUCUGUUUGCAUCUCAAUGCAAAAUUUGAAAAUAUAUAACAAACAAUCCAAAAACCAUGUGUAAUUAUUUAUUGUUGCCUGCUAUAUGUAUUGAGAUUUGUGUGAAUAAAGAUUGAAAUUCCCCACAAAAGCUAUUUUAAGACUUUGUGUUUAUUAAAUCAAAGACUCGAAUAGUCAUUGUGUGACAUAAGGCUGAUAGGUAAAGUACUAAACAAACAACAAAAGUGGUUCUGGAAUCGCAAUUCAUUCAAAGUGCAAAGUUGUGUAGAAAUUGACCCUUUAACAUUAAUAAAAUGAAAUCAGAAAAAGACCUCAGAAAAGAGUCUGCAUGUGGGUCAGUGCUUUCAUGUGCUCCAAUUCAACAGAUACAUUUGAUCCUGUUGCACAGGAGCAGCAUGACCUUUGACCUCUCCAUUCAGCCAUGCAGCAGAAAACCUGAGCCUGAUGUUCAAGGCUGCUGCGGCCCCAACGGACCAUAAAAAACAUUUAGCUUGUUUACAUAAGCCCAUUCAUUUAAAUUGUUUUACAUUUACAUGAUAUUUUUACUGGUUAAAAAUAUAUUUUUGAUAUCAAGAAUGGGUAUUGCUGUGGUUAGACUUUAUGUCAAGAGUUAACAAGAGCAAUUAAGCACAAAUGUAAUUACUAAUAUCAAUAAUGAGCAUUUUCACUAGUAAUUUUAAUUCAAAUUUAAUUAUAGAUAUGUGUAAUUCUAUACGUUAAAAUGUCAAAAGGUGGGAAAAAAAAAGGUGCGAUGAAAGUGAAUGGUGACUGAGGUUAACAGCCUGCAUAACAUCUCCGUUUGUGUUCCAUGAAAAAAAGUCACAGUUCAUUAGGGUGAGAAUGUAACACAGUAACAACAUUUUCAUUUUUGUGUGAACUUUCCCUUUAAAGCACGGCAUGUGAUAAUUCCUGAUUCCAAAGUCUUCCGUUUAGGAGUGGUAAAAGUCCCUUUGAUCACAGAUCCCUAAACAUACAUAAAAGCAGGCCACCUUCUGUUAUUACAUCAAUAGAGAAGAUCUACAUACAAACAAAAGAUCAAUGUAACUGCAAGUUCUCCUUCAGUGUUAUUUGCAUAGUAGUUAAAUUGAAAGAGGGUGAUCAGAGAGCCGCAAUAUCCCUUUGUGGGCCCUGACCGCAUCCCUGCGUUCUCAUCCAUGUCAAAGCUUUGGAUUUAUUUAGUCACACAAUAAAAGAAUAACAGAUUUGGAUACAGAGUGGCUAUAUUCUGCUAAUAAAGAAGUCAAUUAGUGAAACAAACAGCAAGGAAUGACCUGAAUAAUAAGGAUUUAUGGAUCUUAAGUAAAACACAUUCAAACUCACUCAGUUAAUUCAAACCCCUUUCUAAGCUUGUAGUUAAAUUAAACAGAAGAACGUUGUUGCUGCUCAAUGGUUGCUCAUUUAUCCAUCCAUCCAUC